AUGGCUUCGACUUCUUCGAGUUGUUCUUCCUCUCGGUGCGUCUUCGUGCCGUCGCCCUCUUCAAAGAAGGGAUUACAUUCAUUUUAUCCAAAGUCUCAUCCGUCUGCGUCGAUGGGUGUGUUGCGUUCUUCUUCUUCUUCUCCUUUCCGUCCUCGAAAGUUCUCCGUUAUCUCCUCCGCGUCGCAGACGUCGUCCUCGGAAGGAGCAUCGGGUGAAGAGAAAAAAGAAAGGAUGAAACGGGUCUUAUCCGGCGUCCAACCGACCGGUUCCAUCCACCUGGGGAACUAUUUCGGAGCGAUUCAAAACUACGUGAAAUUGCAGGACGAACACGAAGCGUUUUACUGCGUGGUGGAUUUACACGCGAUUACGGCUGGCGGACACUCGCCGAAAGAGCUGGAAGAGAGCACGAGGAAAUCGGCGGCGAUAUACUUAGCCGCUGGGGUGAGUCCGGAGAAAGCGUCGGUUUUCGUGCAAUCGCACGUCGCCGCGCACAGCGAACUGUGUUGGCUGUUGAACUGCGUGUCGCCAAUCGGAUGGUUGGAGAAGAUGAUUCAGUUCAAAGAAAAAGCGAGGAAACAAGGCGAGGACGUGUCUGUUGGACUUUUAGAUUAUCCGGUGUUGAUGGCGGCGGAUAUUUUGUUGUAUAACGCGGAUUUAGUUCCAGUUGGGGAGGAUCAAAGGCAGCAUUUAGAGUUGACGAGAGACAUCGCCGGGAGAUUUAACAAUUUAUACGGCGGGAAUAAAUGGAAAAAACGAGGGAAGAACGAGAAGUCGCCGAGUGGGAGAUUUCGGGGGAAAGACGUAUUGAUUGUACCAGAGGCGUUUACGCCGAAGAGUGGCGGGCGGGUGAUGAGUUUGACCGAUGGAAGCGCGAAGAUGAGUAAGAGCAACCCGGCGGAAGGGAGUCGGAUUAACGUUUUGGAUUCGCCGGACGUGAUCGCGCAGAAGAUUAAAAGGUGCAAAACAGAUGCCAUAGAAGGGAUGAAUUACGACGACGAACGACCAGAAGCGAAGAAUUUGUUGACCAUGUACGAGUUAUGUACCGGUAUGAGUAGAGAGGAGGUGUUGAAUGAGUGCGCGAGCAUGCGAUGGGGGGAAUUCAAACCGGCGUUGACUGAAGUCGUGGUGGAUCAUUUGAAACCGAUUCAAGAAAAGUACGAGGAAAUUAUGAACGAGGAAGGGUAUUUAGACUCGGUGUUAGAACAAGGGGCGGUGCGAGCGAACGAGGUGGCGGAAAAGACGUGCGCGGACGUGAGAGAUGCCAUGGGAUUUGUUCAUAGAAAGAGCAGAUAUAUGUGA